AUGCCUCGAUCCCGCUCACGAUCAAGGUCGUCCUCUGGGGCUCCACCGCGAGAUCGAUUCUCCGAUCGACCACAACCCAGAUCUAGCAGCGACGACUACCGGUCCAAGAAACGAGAGCGAUCUCGAAGUCGAAGCCGAAGUCGAGAUCGAGGACCACCACGGAAGAGAAGAUCAAGAAGUCCCCAGCCAGGGCGACCAGACAGACGGCGAUCAAGAAGCGUCGACCGCGAUGGCGAGAGCCACAGACGUAGAGACCGAGACCGAGCCCACGACAGGCCGCGGGAAAGAGAUGCCCAAAGGGACAGGGAGAGAGACAGGCGGCGAGACCGAGAUCAAGAUGGAGACAGAGACAGAGUCAGGGCCAGAAAUCGAGAAGGCCGGAGACAACGCUCGCGCUCACCCCGCAGAGACUCACCGGGGGGGUUCCAACGGUCGAAACGCCCACUUCCCUCACAAAACGACGCCUUCAAAGGCGACGACCCAGACUCAAACGCCAAGCCCGCGAUCGUGAAAGAAAAGCCCAACUACCGACCAUCCGGCCUCCUCGCCGCCGCGGCCAACACCGUGAAGACGCACAACGGCGGAGACGUGGUGCUGAAAUACCACGAACCGAAGGAAGGGCGGCUACCGCCGGCGUCGAAGCAGUGGCGGCUGUAUGUCUUCAAGGGCGACGAGAUCCUCGAGACGCUGGAUCUGUACACGCAGUCGUGCUGGUUGUUUGGGCGGGAGGCGUCCGUGUGUGACUGUUUGAUCGAGCAUCCGAGCUGUUCGUCCCAGCAUGCGGUGAUCCAGUUUCGACAUACCGAGGAGAGGAACGAGUAUGGGGAUAAGACUGGAAGGGUGAAGCCUUAUGUGAUGGAUCUCAAUAGCCGGAAUGGUACGAAACUUAAUGGCGCGGCGGUUGAGGAACAAAGGUACUAUGAAGUCAUGGAUAAGGAUGUCCUUACGUUUGGGCAUUCGACGAGGGAAUAUGUGGUGCAGCUGCCGAAGCCGUGA